UCUAUGGUUGAAACUUUAAUAUAAUACGUACAAGUACGGUUCUUCUUCUUCUGCAAGGAAAACCCUGCUGUUGAGAUGGCUGAAAUGAGCACCGGAUCCCCACCUGACUCUAGAAAGGAUUACAACUCUCAAAGAAGCUUGGACAUUGUGAAGGCUACGAAUGUGACGUUUCAGCCUGGUCUUGUGACUCGCUCCAAGCGAGGGCAGGUGAUUGGUCAGCGUGGUGGUUUCCGUGGGUGCUGUGUCUGGUUCACAGGGCUGAGUGGAGCUGGCAAGACCACUCUCAGCUUUGCACUGGAGGACUACCUCACAGCACACUCCAUUCCUUGCUAUGGACUGGACGGUGACAACAUCAGAACAGGGCUCAACAAGAAUUUAAGUUUCACCCCUAGUGAUAGAAGGGAAAAUAUUCGAAGGAUCUCAGAAGUGGCCAAAUUAUUUGCUGAUUCUGGUAUCGUGGUUCUCUCUUCAUUCAUCUCUCCUUAUGCUGAGGAUCGUAAGAGUGCACGUCGAUUACACGAGUCCUCCAACCUCAAGUUCUUCGAGGUGUUUGUUGACACACCCAUCGAGGAGUGUGAGCGGAGGGACGUGAAGGGACUCUACAAGAAAGCCAGAGCCGGACAAAUCAAAGGAUUCACUGGUAUUGACUCGGUGUACGAGCCACCAGAGAACCCUGACCUCUCCAUCAACACUUCUGAGAAUAGCGUGGAUGACUGCGUGGAAGAACUAGUGCACUUCUUACAAGAGAAGGGGAUGAUACCGUCCAUUGUCGGGUCUCAUGUACUGGAGCUGUUCUCUGCCGACCCAGUGGUAGCUGCUCAAGAGGCCACAACCCUGCCCAAACUCAAGAUAUCCAAACUGGACUUACAAUGGCUGCAGGUUCUCAGCGAGGGUUGGGCCACACCUCUCACUGGAUUCAUGAAAGAGAGGGAAUUUCUGCAAUGUCAGCACUUUGCCUGUCUUAUGGACGACGGUAUGACCAAUCAGAGCAUCCCGAUCGUGUUGCCCGUGGAAACCAACGACAAGGAACGACUCGCUGAAGCUGGUGCCUUCACUCUAACCUAUGAGGGAAAGGACGUGGCCAUCCUCCGUGACCCUGAGUUCUACCCUCACAGGAAAGAGGAGCGGUGCUCUCGUCAGUGGGGCACAGCCAACCCCAAACACCCACAUAUCAAGAUGAUUCUUGAGUCUGGUGACUGGCUAGUGGGUGGGGCCAUUGAGGUCCUCCAUAGGAUCACGUGGGGAGAUGGGCUUGAUGAGUAUCGACUCACACCGAAAGAGCUGAGAACAGAGUUCAGAAAACGAGGGGCUGAUGCUGUCUUUGCGUUCCAACUACGCAACCCCAUCCACAACGGACACGCCCUCCUGAUGAAGGAUACUCGGGAGUUGAUUCUUAGCCGUCACUACAAGAAGCCAGUGUUGCUGCUCCAUCCUCUGGGUGGGUGGACUAAGGCUGACGAUGUGCCACUCAAGAUCCGAAUCAAGCAGCACCUGGCAGUCAUGGAAGAGAAUGUGCUGGAUGCUCAGAACACUGUACUCUCCAUAUUCCCCUCACCCAUGAUGUACGCCGGCCCUACAGAGGUGCAGUGGCAUUGCAAAGCUCGUAUGGUGGCAGGUGCCAACUUCUACAUUGUGGGCCGUGACCCGGCCGGCAUGGCCCACCCUGACACAAAGCAGGACCUGUACGAGCAUUCACAUGGCAAAAAGGUACUUCAAAUGGCUCCUGGUCUGACCAAACUGGAGGUAGUACCUUUCAAGCUGGCUGCCUACAACACUAAACUGGGAGCUAUGGACUUCUUUGACCCCGAGAAGAAAGAGGACUUCAUAUUCAUCUCUGGCACUAAGAUGAGGAAGUUUGCUCGUGAGGGAGUCAACCCACCGGAUGGGUUCAUGCCACCCAGGGCCUGGAAGGUGCUCUCUGACUACUACCAAUCACUCAAGCAGGAGCUGAACCAAUCAUAGGAUAUUAUUAUGGACAGUGUAUAGUGUAUUAUAUUAUUAUCAUUUCAACAAUGUGUGUGCUUAUGCAUUGUAUAAUUAUACAGUGUAACAACUACGUUUUUGUGUAUAAUCUUCUAAACUAAAAUUAAUGUGAUUGGAUCAAUUUGA